AUGGCAAAAUUUAACUUCACACAAGUGACUGAAUUUAUUCUCAAAGGGAUUACAGACCGUCCUGAGCUCCAGGCCCCACUCUUUCUGGUUUUCUCUGCCAUUUACAUGGUUACAGUGGUAGGGAACAUUGGAUUAAUUAUGUUAAUCAGGAUAGACUCUCGACUUCAUACCCCUAUGUACUUCUUCCUUAGUCAUUUAGCUUUUGUUGACUUCUGCUACUCCUCAGCAAUCACACCCAAGAUGCUAGUACAUUUUGUAGUGGAGAAAAAUAUCAUUUCAUUCAAUGCAUGUGCCGUUCAAGUAGGAUGUUUUGUAACAUUUGUAAUAACAGAGUGUUAUAUUUUAGCUUCCAUGGCCUAUGAUCGUUAUGUAGCUAUUUGUCAUCCACUGCUUUACUCAGUCAUUAUGUCUCACAAACUCUGUAUUCUCUUAGUUGCUAUCGCUUAUAUAUACAGUUUUUUGGUUUCACUGUCUAAUACUAUUGUCACAUUCCGUUUAUCUUACUGUGGCAACAAUGUCAUCAAUCAUUUUUAUUGCGAUGAUGUUGCCCUCUUGCCUCUGUCAUGUUCAAAAACUCACACAAAACAGAUGCUUAUUUUUGCUUUUGCUGGGCUUAACACUAUUUGUUCUUCAUUGAUUAUCUUUAUCUCCUAUAUUUUUAUCAUUGCUGCCAUCUUAAGGAUUCAUUCUGCAGAGGGCAGGUUCAAAGCUUUCUCUACCUGUGGUUCCCAUAUGAUGACUAUCACCAUUUUAUAUGGUACUUUGAUCUUUAUGUACCUGCAACCAAAAUCAAAAGACUCCCUGGACACAGACAAAAUAGCAGCUGUCUUUUACACAGUGGUGAUUCCCAUGUUGAAUCCCAUAAUUUAUAGUUUAAGGAACAAAGAUGUGAAAGAGGCCCUAAAAAAGAGUGGAAAAUAG